GGAAGUCCAGACACCAGAAGCGUCCCAAGGGAAGGCCUGAGGCGGAGAAGGCUCGGGCCCCGGCGGAGGCAAUGGCGGAGAGGCCCGAGGACCUCAAUCUGCCCAACGCCGUCAUUACCAGGAUCAUCAAGGAGGCGCUCCCGGACGGCGUCAGCAUCUCCAAGGAGGCCCGCAGCGCCAUCUCCCGCGCCGCCAGCGUCUUCGUCCUGUAUGCCACAUCCUGUGCGAACAACUUCGCCAUGAAAGGCAAGCGCAAGACCCUAAAUGCCAGCGAUGUGCUGUCCGCCAUGGAAGAGAUGGAGUUCCAGCGGUUCGUCACGCCCCUGAAAGAGGCUCUAGAAGCAUACAGGCGGGAACAGAAAGGCAAGAAGGAAGCUUCCGAGCAAAAGAAGAAGGACAAAGACAGAAGGACCGAUUCCGAAGAGCAGGACAAGAGCAGGGAGGAAGAGGAGGAGGAUGAGGAAAGGCCGGAAGAGGAGGAGCAGAACGAAGAGGAGGAGGUGGACAACUGAGGGGGGGGCACUGGCACCACGGAAGUGACCAGCCACCCCGAGGUGUUUUCAUGCCGAGCCUUUCCCUGCAAGGCAGGGCCAUCUUCGGCACCGGCGUCUGAGAUCAGAAUAAAAACUGACCAGAAUGAUCAAAACCAGCUCUUGCCAGGCUCAGAGCGUCUGAGUAACCUGUUUUGCUGAAUCAGUCUGGAGGUUGUGACUUUUUAGUGUAAGGGAUUCUGACUGACUAAAUAGUUUGAUGUCAUUUGUUUACUUACGUAUGUGGCUAGCUAGUUUUGAUCCCAUUUCCCUGCCCCUCCACAAAACUAAUAACUUCAUUGUUGUUUGCCUGCUGUGUUCUGGGUCACAGAGGCACUCAAGGUUCAGGGGGGAGGGAAAGAGGAAUGGGGCUUUGAUCAUGGUCACCCUGAUUGUACAGUACUUGGCAAUAGGUAUUAGUGGUCAGAAUGGUUGUGCUUUAGGAAAUGACUAAAAAGCUGUGGGAAAAUGAGGAAAUCUCUUCACUGGAUGGUAGCAUUACUUGUUUGUUUUGUUUUCUAGACUUAAUUAGAUUGUAGCCCGUCUUUGUUGAUGUUCAGUCGCUGGGGUGGCUGCACUCCUACACAUACACUCUUACAUUCUCAAUGUUAUUAGAAUCUGUCAAAAAAACGGUGUCAGUUCUUUAAAAUGGGUGGCUUAAUCUUAGCGGAAACUCGUUAGCCACUGUAGGAUUCAGUGCUACCUCCUGGAAGGUAUAAAAUCCCAGGUUUUCUCCUACUUAGUCCAUCUCCCUGACUGGCGGCUGCUGCUUUUCAUUCCCGGAACUCCUGACAAGUUCCAGACUUUAUUUCCUCUAGGCAUAGCCUUUUCCCUCUCCAUCUCCUGCCUCUGCUUCCCAGACCCACUUUUCUUAUCUCAUCUUCCAGUCUAGGAACCUUGGUAUCCCAUGUAGUGUCCCACGGUGCCGUUCCUCAGAUUCCUUAGUCCUACUCUCCGGAAACCCUCUGAACCUCAAGGUAACUGUAACGGUGCUCAGGAAUCUAGCGGCACAGCCACCGCUGCUGUGGCUUUGGAAGUGUCUGUUGGCCUUUCCUUUCUCCCACUUAGUGCUCUAAGCACCUUUUUUUUUUUUUGUCUUAGUUGAGCACUUGAGGUUGAAAAGUAAUGUAAUAUAGUUGGACACUGUUAGCUAUUGAGAGAAUACAAUGAAGAGUUUAUUAAAAGUGAUGAGACUGUUGAGAAGAUUUUAAUGCUUUAUACAAAUAAAGAACAUUCUUGUUUAAA